UUACAAUGUAUCACAGCAUACACCACAUUAGGUAUUCUGUGAAAAAUGUUGAAAAAUUCUCAUCAUUUUUAAUAAAUCAACUAAACUUCAAGAAGUAUGCCACUUCCAAGGCAUCAGAUUGCCCUCUGCGGUCAAAAACUAUCGUCUUACGCCACGCUGAUGUGAUUUUUAUAAUUGACCAAUGGAAAGAAGGAGCAGAACCUUGUUGCGACAAUUUCUUCUGCCAUAGAAAUAACAAUUACCCCGUAAACACAGCGUGUGAUGUUUGUUUACAAACUUCUGACGUUGAGUUUAUUUUACAAAAAGCAAAAUCUGCUUCUCCGAAAAAUUCUCAUAAAGAAACUGACCAUAUUGGGGACAAAGAUGGCAUCGUGAGUUACGCAAUCAUUAAAUCUCCCGUUGGUAACCUUCAACAUACGUUGAUUGACUUGACCAAAUAUGGAGGUGCUUUUCUCCCUGGUUUUGAGGUCAAUAAAUCUUGGGACCCUGAAAGCCACCCCCAUUUCAUGACAGCUGUAGAUCAUAUUGCUCUUUCACUGCAGUUAGAACACACAGAUGAAGUGGUAAAGUGGUAUAAUCAUUGUCUGGGAUUUACAAGGAUGAUAAUUAACACUGAAGAAGAUUUUGAUGCAGGUUUUGUUGUGAAAGAAGGAAUUCAUGGACUAAGAUUAAAAGCUGUGCUUGGACCACAACAAUUGGAAGAACAAAAGGUAAAAAACAAAGUUCCUGAAGUUCCGAAGUUUGUAUUUUGUGAAGCGCUUAAACAAGAUAAGAGAAGUCAGAUCGAACAUUUUCUUUUUAUGCACCAGGGUGAAGGAAUUCAACAUAUUGCCUUUUCCACAAAUAAUAUCGUGGAUGCAAUUUCUAAUUUCAAAGCAAGUGGUUUACAAUGUGUGUUACCACCAGAUGAUUACUAUGCAGAGCAAUUCCCACAAAAUCAAAUUGAAAAUUUAGACUACACAGUUGAGACAUUGAAAGCGAAUAGUAUUUUACUUGAAAGCAACCACGGAGAAGCAGAAAGUGGAAGUGACUGGUGUGAAUUAAACUUUGGUGUCAGCAGGUUAGAAGAUCAAGUGCAACACAUGAACAAAACAAACUGGUUUAUCAUGCAAGCAUUUACAACUCCAGUGUUUGAAGAAAAAACAUUAUUUUUUGAAAUAAUUCAAAGGUUUCAAACAAUAUCCGGUUUUGGGGCGGGAAACAUCGGUGCUCUGUGGCGUGCAGUGCAAAAGGAAUUGUUUAACAAAUAGUUCAAUAUACAUAGUUCAAAUUUUCAUAUUUAUUUUAGGCUUUAAUUGUUCCAAUUUUGAACACUACCUAAUGGUUGAAAUACCAUACAGUUGCGUUCUACUCCCAGUGUACCAGGAUUCCCAUCUAACAUAGGCCAACAGUCAGAAUAUAAUGGUGACACCAUGCCUUUAUAACAUGCCAAUAAGCGUCCAUCUGAUAUGUUGAAUAAAGAUGAGCUGUCAGAUUUACCAUAAUCAACAGCAAGAAUUUUCUCAUCACUGGAAAUGUGGAAUUUCUUCAAAGAUCGAACAGAAGUUACAUCACAACAGUAAUACUCCAACAGUGGAGAGUUAGCCCAUCUUAAAUCCCAUAACUUAGUAGAGUCUAUAGUUGAAAAAUAUCUUGCAAUGCAUCUUCUACCAUCUGACAACAUUUCAACAUCUGUAACCUUCUGGUUUGUUUUUCCUGCAAAAAUUUAAAAGCCGCUGAAAUUUUACAUUUGUUUUGUCAAAAUGUUACUUUGAAAUGAAACAGUUACUAUGUUAGCCAUAUAGAGUCUGAUUACAUGUUGCAUACAGUUUUAAAUUGACUUGUUACCUUUAAAGUAAAACAUAUACUCGGGCGAAAUUAAUUGAGCCACCAAAUGCUAUUAACAGUUAUUGUUUUAAUGAAAUAAAUAUUUACACACUGUA